CGCGCUCUGGAGUAGAUUAAAACUACAGACACAUAUGCGAGGGAAUGUACAAAAACACUCGGGGCUCCAGGAGCGCGAAAGAGACUUUUUGACUUUUAAUGACCAUGCUUAUGUUCUUUUAGAAUAACUGUCAGAUAUGGAAAAUGAUUAACAGAAGUUUUGCCAGCUUCUGUUAAAGUUGGAUAAGUUGACGCUGCUGGACAUGUCUGCAGAUGGGCAAAUCAUGGACUCAUCUUCUCGAACGCUGGACAACCUGGAAAAAGAGAAUAAUAAGAAUGGGUCAGUAAGGCAGGUGCUCUUGGAUGGAUGUGUGCCUUUCUCUCAUCAGGUGGCCGGACAUAAAUGCGGGAUCAAUAACACUGGUGUUCUGCAGCAUCCUGAUGGAACGAUCCUGAAACAGCUACAAACUCCUCCGAGAGGCCCACGAGAGAUGAACUUCUACACACAGGUAUUUGCUAAAGACUGCACAGAUAAAAAGCUACUGGACCUGCAACAACAUCUUCCCAAGUACUAUGGCACAUGGAGGCCAGGAGAGUCACCACAUGAGCUGUAUCUGAAACUGGAGGAUGUGACGAGGAGGUUCUUACGGCCCUGCAUCAUGGAUGUGAAGAUCGGGAGGAGAAGUUACGACCCGUUUGCAUCACAAGAAAAACGUGACGAACAGAUUAGCAAGUAUCCUCUGAUGGAAGAGAUCGGGUUCCUGUUACUGGGCAUGAGGGUGUACCAGAUCGACUCAGACAGAUACAUUUCUCAUGACCAGUUCUAUGGACGCAGUCUCGAAAAAGACAGCAUUAAAAAUGGCCUGACUAGAUUCUUCCAUAAUGGUCAAGAAUUACGGAGGCAUGCAGUUUCUCUGAUCAUCUCUAAAAUCCAAAGCAUUCUCCGCUGGUUUGAGAGCCAGACUCAGCUGCAUUUCUAUGCCAGCUCUCUGUUGCUGGUGUAUGAAGGCUCUCCUCACAGAGUCAAUGGAUCCAAACAUAAGCCUGCUGAGCCAGGAACAGAACAUCAGCAGGGAGAGCCACAGAGCAACUCUAACAUCUCCCAUGAGGCUUUGAGCUUUCAGAGCAGUUUAACACACAGUCACCCGAACGCCAACGGAAAGUGUGGAGGAAGUGUAGAAGAGAAAGAUGAGGAAAUUGGAAUUGGCGAUAAGAAGCAGUUUGGACAGGAGGAGGCAGUGGAGGUGAAGAUGAUCGAUUUUGCUCAUGUAUUUCCCAGCGAUAAUCCAGAUGAGAGCUACAUGUAUGGACUGAGGAACCUUCUCUCAACUUUAGAACAAAUACUGAAGGACUGACAUCUGACCUCCUGAGAGAGUCCAUCUCUCUCUCUUUCUUCCUCGUCUGAUAUUCUGAUAUCCUCGUCUGUUGUUUUAAAUCCAUUGCAGGUCAUUUCACACACAUACACAAACAUUGCUGAUGCCUUAAAUUGGAUAGUAGGUUUAUUAUAUAUUUACAGGGAUAUUUUUCCUAAUCUUUUGAGAAAAAAGAGUUCAUUGUAUUAUGAAAACAUACUGUAACUUUCAGAACUCAAGUCUCUUGAUAAAAAAGGCUGUCACAGUUGGCUGUCAACAUCUAAUAAUUUACAAAAAAAUAUAGGUACUGCAGAACUCAGAGAAAAGUAGUCAUAAUUUAUGAUAUGAUAAAGCAGUUUAUCUGUGCUGUCAAAACACACUUACAAUGUGAGUUACUGAUAUCUCAUAAUGACUCCACUUCUGAUGCAACUAUUGAUGUUUUUAUUCCAAAAAUGCACUUUUUGAUUCCAAAGUUAAUUAUAUGUUAAUUUAUUUUUAACAUUUGUGUUUACCUUAUCUUA